AUGAGCCUGCACUACCUUCCCCCCGUCAAGCCUUCGGCCAUUGCCCUCGGCACCUUCUUCAACCACGGUGUCGAGCUCGCCGUUCUCUCUCCUCUCUUCGGUGCCACAUACCAGCGCGCCAAGUCUGCCAACACUAAGGAGGAGUUUGUUCGUUCCAAGGAGGCCAGUUCUGCUGCCGUCGCCUGGGGCACCACCCUUGUCGGCUCGGCCCUCCAGGCCUACGGUGUCGGCGCUCUCAUCAACGCUACUGGUACUCUCUCAUACAAGGGCGCCACCUACCUCGGUGGUCUCAUCUUCGCUGCCACUGCUGCUCCCGGUCUCCUCGUCCAGGCCCUGAGCGAGAGGAGGCCCCUCGACACCGUCGGUGUCAGCGUCCUCGCCAAGCUCUUCGAGACCGUCGGUCUCUCGGUCUUCCUCUCCUGGUGGGGGACCCGCACCAACCCCUUCGAGUAA